CAUAACUUUUUUCCCUCAUGCUAACUAUAGAGCGCUAAAUCUACAAAAAAAAUCAAAUAAAAACUAUAAAAUUUUCGAUAUUGAAAACGGACUAAAACAAAAAACAACAACAAAAAUCGUCGAAAUUUUCCUAAACGGAAAAGAGCCGAAAAUAUAAGAAACUGAUUGGAAAGUAAUAUGAGUAAUGCUAUUAACCAAAAUGGCACAGGUCUAGAGCAGCAAGUUGCUGGUCUGGACUUGAAUGGCGGCAGAGCUAAUAAUAGCAGCCCCAUAACAACUAAAAGUUCUCUUUCUUUAAGCCAAGCCGACGUUUAUGUGCCACCACAAUUAAGGGGUGACACUAAUUUUGCACCAAAAACUUCAAAUUCAAGUGAUUCCCGUUACGAAUCGCGUGGCGGUGGUAAUCGUGGUGGUGAUCGUGAUUCACAACGUGGUGGUGAAUUCCGUAAAGGAGGCGGUGGUCGCAAUUUUAAUUCACGUGGUGGUGAUCGUCAAAGUGGUGAUUUUAGUAACUUUAGCGGUCGUGGCGGUGGUAGAAGAUACGACGAUAAUUAUAACGGUGAUACUGAUUCAAGACGCGGUGGUGACGAUUGGAAUCGCGGCGGAGGCAGAUCUCAAAAUAAUCGUAACUUUGAACGUCGUGAAGACGGUGGUGGCGGCAGGAACUAUCGCGGAGGCGACGGCGGUCGUGACCGACGUGAUGACCCGCCACGCAACAAUCGUUGGCAAGAACCUGAACGCCGUCCUGAUGAUGGCGGUGAACGCAGCAAGGACACAGAUUCCGUCUCUGGCGAUGCCAGUGCCGGUGGUGGCAGCAACAACAGAGGUGGUGGCGGCGAACGCCGAUAUGGCGGUCGCUGGAAUGAAGAACGCCGCGGCGAUAUUGAUUAUACCAAGUUGGGUCCGCGCGAUGAACGCCUUGAAGCCGAGCUUUUCGGCACCGGUAAUACCGGCAUCAAUUUUGACAAAUACGAGGAUAUACCCGUGGAAGCGACGGGCAAAAAUGUCCCAGCCAACAUCACAUCCUUCGAUGAUGUGCAGCUGACAGAGAUUAUUCGCCAUAAUGUACAAAUGGCUAGAUAUGACAAACCGACACCGGUACAAAAAUACGCGAUCCCAAUUAUUAUAAGUGGACGCGAUUUGAUGGCUUGCGCCCAAACCGGUUCAGGCAAAACGGCUGCCUUCUUAUUGCCGAUAUUGAAUCAGAUGUAUGAGCAUGGUAUUCCGCCGCCACCCCAAAACACUCGUGGCUACACUCGUCGCAAGCAGUAUCCAUUGGGUUUGGUGCUGGCACCAACUCGUGAAUUGGCCACACAAAUUUUCGAAGAGGCCAAAAAGUUUGCCUAUCGCUCGCGUAUGCGUCCCGCAGUGUUGUAUGGCGGCAAUAAUACUUCUGAACAAAUGCGCGAAUUGGAUCGCGGCUGCCACUUGAUUGUGGCCACACCCGGCCGUUUGGAGGACAUGAUCACCAGAGGCAAGGUAUGUUUGGAUAACAUUCGUUUCUUGGUCUUGGACGAGGCCGAUCGUAUGUUGGACAUGGGUUUCGAGCCCCAAAUCAGACGUAUUGUUGAAGAUUCGAAUAUGCCCGGUAGGGGACAACGCCAAACGCUUAUGUUCUCCGCCACGUUCCCCAAACAAAUUCAAGAACUAGCAUCUGAUUUCUUAAGUAAUUACAUUUUCUUGGCUGUGGGCCGUGUCGGUUCCACCUCCGAGAAUAUUACCCAAACCAUUUUGUGGGUACAUGAGCAGGACAAACGUUCGUAUCUGCUCGAUCUAUUGGAAACCAUUAGGGCAGGCGCUGAAUAUUCGAAAGAUUCGUUGACGUUGAUUUUCGUUGAGACGAAAAAGGGAGCCGAUGCUUUGGAGGAGUUCUUGUAUCAAUGUAAUCACCCAGUCACCAGCAUCCAUGGUGAUCGUACCCAGAAGGAGCGUGAGGAAGCCCUGCGUUGUUUCCGUUCUGGUGAUUGUCCCAUAUUGGUGGCCACUGCCGUGGCUGCUCGUGGCUUAGACAUUCCCCAUGUAAAGCAUGUCAUUAACUUCGAUUUGCCCUCCGAUGUAGAGGAAUAUGUACAUCGUAUUGGUCGUACCGGACGUAUGGGUAACCUGGGUGUAGCCACCUCAUUCUUUAACGAAAAGAAUCGUAACAUUUGUGCCGACUUGGUGGAGUUGUUGAUUGAAACGAAACAAGAGUUGCCCAGCUUCUUGGAAGAUAUGAUGGCUUCGGAACGUUCACAUGGCGGCAACAAGCGUCGUGGAGGUGGUGGUGGUCGUUAUGGCGGUGGUUUUGGAUCCCGCGAUUACCGUCAACAGUCUGGUGGUGGUGGCGGCGGUCGCAGCAGCAACAAUCGUUCAUCCGGCAAUCAAGGCGGUGGUGGUGGAGGCGGCGGCGGCUCCUACCGUAGCAAUGGCAAUUCCUACUAUAACAGCUACGGCAAUGAUGGUGGCAAUUAUGGAGGAAAUUCUUCAUCUGGUCCCGAUUGGUGGGGCAAUUAA